AUGAUCGACAGCUUCCGGGAGAACGGGCUGAACGCGUUGCCCAUCUACACGCAGAUCAAAGCCUCGCGAGUCGAGCUGUUGCUCACCUCGAUAUUCCACAAUCUCAACAAGCGGCUCGUCUCCUCGCAGCACAUCGACACCGACAAGUCCAUCUCGUUGCUGCUGGCAUUUUUGCUGGGCGCUUAUGAUAAACAACAAUCCGGCCGCCUCUCCAUCUUCUCGAUAAAAAUUGCCCUGGCUACCGUAUGCGCGGGGAAGCUGGUGGAUAAGCUGCGCUACAUGUUCUCCCAAAUCUCCGACUCAAAUGGCCAUAUGGAGCACGAUCGGUUUGCGGACUUGUUGCAACAGGCCCUGGCCCUCACCACAGCCGUAUUCGAAGCUCCCACUUUCGGCUUCACCGAGGCUGCCGUUGCUCAAUGCUUUCCGAAAGACGCCAAAGUGACGCUCAACCAUUUUCUGGACGUGUUCAUGUCGGACCCGUGCCCGCCUUGUAUUAUGUGGCUACCUCUACUCCACCGUAUGGCCUCGGUUGAGCAUGUCUACCAUCCGGUUGUCUGCGAUGCGUGCCAGGUGCGCUCGUUCACCGGUUUCCGCUACAAGUGCCAACGCUGCGCCAACUACCAGCUGUGUCAGAACUGUUUCUGGCGGGGCCGAACCUCGCACAGCCACUCGAACGAGCACGAGAUGAAGGAGUACUCUUCCUAUAAAUCCCCCACUCGCCAACUCGCGCAUUCCAUUCAAAAAUCGCUGCAAUGCGUGCCGAGCGGUCAGGCGAAACCACAGGCAAAGAUCGUUCCGAUGCAAUACGAUCGUCCGGUGAAGCCGUUGGAGUUGACAAAUAUUGUCCCGGCAACACCGACCACGUUACGGCGUCACCAGAGCGAGCGCGCGCCCUCUUGGCCCUCUUCGCCUGUUCUGCUACCCGGCCAAAUCGCUGUCAACGGCCACCUGGAUGAUGAGCACAAGCUCAUCGCCAGGUAUUCGGCAAAGUUGAGCGGGAGGGCUGAGUACCCCCUCGGCUCGGCCCGAGUCUACGGAGCCGAUCGGCCGACCGAUGAGAGGAGUCUCAUCGCCCAGCUCGAGGAGGAGAAUACGGAAAUGGUGCGCGAGAUGGCCAGGCUGGAGAAUCAGUUUAUUACUGAGGACGGACAGCUGACCGGGCUGAGGGAACGGAAAUCACAGCUGGAGGAGAAGAUGUUCGUGAUGCAGCAGAGGAGGAGGGAUCUCAUGAUGCAGCUGGAGGGAUUGAUGGCACAAUUGAAUGCUCCCGGCUCACGCCCUACCAACCUGAGCACUGUCUCGUUAUCCCAAAUCCCGGAAUCGUUGAGCGGGGUCGGGAAACAGAUAAGCGGCGCGUUCCGGGGCAGUUCAGUGCCGGCUUCAACGCUACAGGGUGACCUGCUCCACGCCGCCGACCUGAUCACCGACAACAUGAGCACAUUGGUGCGAGAACUGGAUAAUGCCCACGACAGCGGCUACACGAAUGGAGCGGAAAUUGCU